AGGGUGAGAAGAUUUUUUUCUAUAGGUGCUAAUGUAACAACUAAUAACUAACUAACAUUUGCCGAUAAAAUAAAAUAAAAAAAAAAAAGUCGAUAGAACCAAGUCUUGAUGCAGAUAAGUCACCAAAGACCUGACUUUUGACUUGUAGAAUAAUUUCUCUAGUCUGGAACUGCAAUUAUAAAUUAAAAUCUGUAGACAUUGUUAACCAGCAUUGCACAUUAUCACUCCAGCAGUUGUCAAAGUUGUUUGGACAACAUGUUCUGGAGCACCCGAAGAACGUAUCUUAUCAGGCCCAUCUUCUUCUUCCUCCAUCAUCUUAUUCUCACCACAGCCAAUAGCUCACCCACCCCUUAUUAUUACCCGGUAGAUGACAUUGCAGUCAACUGCGGCUCCUUUGGCAACUCAAUCGCACUAGAUGGCCGUGAGUGGACUGGAGAUACCGGGUCACAAUCUACUUUUUCGCGGCAUCCAAAUGAAAAAUCAGUAACCUCACAAGUUCUCCAAUCCCUUUCUGUCGAUCCUAUCCCCUACUUGACCGUUCGGAUAUCUCACUCUCGGUUUGCCUAUACAUUCCAAGUCAAUCCAGGCCAAAAGUUCAUCCGCCUGCACUUCUAUCCAGCUUUAUACCCUGGUUUUGAAAGGUCUAAGGCCUUCUUUACUGUUAAAGCUGGAGCUUACACCCUUCUCAGCAACUUCAGCACUUCCCUUACUGCUGAUGAGUUGGGCUUGAAAUCUUUCGCUAAAGAGUUCUGUGUGAAUAUCGAAGAAAAUCAAGCACUCAGCAUAACUUUCUCUCCAUCGCCAGGCAGCACUUCUGAUAGCAUAUAUGCUUUUGUCAACGGGAUAGAGAUCACCUCUAUGCCAACCGGUCUUUAUUACACUCCUGAUGGCGAUCCAGGUGCUCAUGUUGUCGGCCAGAAACACCGGUUCCACAUUGAUAACAGCACUGCACUUGAGUUGGUUCAGCGCUUGAAUAUUGGGGGGAGCUCCAUUUUAUCAGUAGAAGAUUGGGGCAUGUUUCGCGGGUGGUCUCGGGACUUCAAUUACUUGCUAGAAUCGGGUGUUUCACCAGUUACUACAUCCAUUCCAAUCAAAUACACAAACAUCCCAACAUAUGCUGCACCACAGAAAGUUUAUCAAACAGCUUGGUCAAUGGAUCCAAACAGGCAAGCAAAUAACAUGUGCAAUCUUACAUGGAAAUUACCAGUGGAUAUGGGAUUCAGGUACUUGGUUAGGCUCCAUUUUUGUGAGCUUGAUUACGGGAUAAAAGAGAGUGGGCAAAGGGAGUUUGGCAUCUAUAUAAAUAAUAAGACUGCUGAGGCUCAUGCAGACCUAAUCAAAUGGAGUGGUGGAAAUGGGGUUGCAGUGUAUAGGGACUACGUGGUGAUGGUGGACGGCAAUAGAGUGGAAGGCAAGCGGGACCUGCUUAUAGCUCUACAACCUCAGUACUAUGAGUCAAGGAGUAAAUAUAAUAUUGGUGCAGUCCUAAACGGGUUAGAAGUGUUCAAGUUGAGUAACCCUGACAACAGUCUCGCUGGUCAGAAUCCUGAACCUGUCGCAUAUUCUGCUAGAUCUACUACUCCAAUGCUACGGAAGUUACUGUCACCAUUUCGUAAUGGGAAUGCAAUUGUAAGUGGUCUGAUAAUUUUGAUCACUUCACUGAAUAUCAUUGUUUUCCAAUUACGUCUUUGGGCAGAGAAUGUUGGCCAAAAAGAAAAAACCGCAUCAUCGAGGUCGGAGGAAUUAUGCCGCCGUUUUUCACUUGCUGAGAUACAAUUGGCCACCAACGACUUUGAUGAUGCAUUGACCAUUGGGGAUGGUGGAUUUGGUAAGGUGUACAAGGGAUUGAUUGACAAAGGGGCCACUGUUGUAGCUGUGAAGCGCUUGAAGUCAAUGUCCAAGCAAGGGGCUGAGGAGUUCUGGACGGAGAUUAAGAUGCUCUCUGAUCUCCGGCACACUCAUCUUGUCGCUCUAAUUGGUUAUUGUAAUGAUGGUCAGGAGAUGAUCCUUGUUUAUGAAUAUAUGGUCCAUGGAAGCCUAGCUGAUCAUCUGCACAAAAUCAGUAGAAAUAGAAUUUCUCCUCUACCCUGGGAGCAACGACUCAACAUUUGUAUUGGAGCUGCGCGUGGAUUGGAAUACCUUCAUACUGGUGCCCAGCAUAGAGUCAUACACCGCGAUGUGAAAACCUCAAACAUUCUAUUGGACGAGAAUUGGGAAGCUAAAAUUUCAGAUUUUGGACUAUCCAAAAUGGGUGGCAACAGCACAAACCAGUCAAGCACCUAUGUUAUUACAGACGUUAAAGGCACAUUCGGGUAUUUAGAUGUUGAGUAUUUCUUGACCCAUAGACUGACCCGGAAGUCGGACGUGUAUGCCUUUGGCGUGGUGUUGUUCGAAGUGCUCAGUGGAAGGCCUGCGGUGGAUAAAAGAUUUGAGGGAGAGGAACGCAGCCUAGCACUUUGGGCCCAACGCUGCAUCAAAGAGGGAAAACUUGAUCAGAUGAUUGACCCCAGUAUAAAGAGUCAAAUUUCCCCACAUUGCUUGAAGGUCGUUGCGGAAGUUGCUAUCAGAUGCCUACAUAAUCGUCCUAAUGAACGACCUAGAAUGUCAGAUGUGGUACAGAGGCUUGAGUUUGCAUUAGCAUCACAAGAUCAAAGUGCAUAUUCUUCUACAGAUAUAGAGGGCGAGCAGGGAGAGGAGGUGAUUAAUUUUAGUAUGGUUGUCAACAUGCCAAUUGAUAGGCUUACAGAGGGAGAGGAGGAGGAGGAGAAGGAACAAGAGGAAGAGGUUAUUGAUAUUAGUGGGCCUGACAAGAAGUGUGUUGAUGAAAUUAAACAAUUGAUUAGUACUCAGCAACCUACAGGCUCCCCUGUAUCCGUGCAGGAAAGUAAAGCUGAUAUGCCCAAGGAAAGAGCCAACAAGAAAACUAUAACCACGGUGGUUCAAAGUAUUGCUAAAGGUAUUGAUCGUCGGAGGAGAAAGACAAAGCCCAAAGAUUCUAGCAGUGGAUCAUUAAGGUGGUGGAGUCGAGCCAGGUCAACAACUGAAGUAAAACCUUCAGUAUCACCAGAGAGCUCGCACUGUGAAAAACCUUUACCAGCACUGCCAGACAGUCCAUGCAAUGAACCACUGCUACCUGUACUUCCUUGUCGCCGUUUCAACCUCACGGAGAUUCGAGCAGCCACAAAUAACUUUCACCGUAAUCUCGUCAUCCAGUAUGGUGGUCCUGGUGGUGAGAUUUUCAGAGGCUAUAUUGACGACGGAAAACUUCAGGUUGCCAUCGAAAGGUGUACGAAACAGUCGGAGAACAAGUUUCAUGAAGAGGUUGAGGUGCGCUCUCGGGUCCAUCACCUCCAUAUAGUUUCUUUCAUUGGAUACUGCAAUGAUUGUGAUGAAACAAUCCUCGUGUAUGAGUAUGCGGUAAAGGGGAACCUCAGUAAUCACCUCAACAGAGGGGGAAAAGAUCCUCUUCCAUGGAAAAAGAGGCUUGAGAUCUCUAUUGGUGCCGCACAAGGACUACAAGACCUUCAUACAAGUUCUCAAGAGCCAAUCAUCCAUGGCAACCUGAAGUCGACCAACAUUUUGUUGGAUGAGAAAUGGGUUGCCAAAGUUUCAGGUUUGAAGGUGUCGAAGUCAGACCCCAACAACAUGACACGGAGUAUUGUCACUACAGUUGUCAUGCAGACUCUCGGAUACAUGGAUCCUCAGUACUUACUAAGUGGACGCCUAACGACCAAAUCUGAUGUGUACUCGUUCGGUGUAGUGUUGCUGGAAGUACUUUGUGCUAGGGAACCACUGUGUCCUCAUCUAAAUAGGAAUCAAGAGAAUCUAGUGCACUGGUUUAAAAGUAGCAUUCAGAAAAAAACUAUUGAACGGAUCAUUGAUCCGUAUCUGAUAGGAAAAAUAGCACCUAAAUGUUUGAGGGAAUUUGUCAGGAUUGCAGAGAGAUGCUUGCUUUUUCGGGGAGUUGAGAGGCCGCUGAUGGAUAAUGUGGUGACGAGCCUGCAGCUUGCAUUGCAGUUGCAGGAAACAGCAGGGGAUGAUAUCAAUUUCGGAAAGCCUGACGAUCCUCCUGAGAAAUUCCAUGAAGCUGCCAUUUGUGCUUACAAGAAGGUUUUAUUUCAUGCCUCAAAUCAAGUUUAGAUUUCACUUGGUUGAUAUAAAAUUUGGAUAACAAAUUAGAAUUUCAGAAACAAAUCAUAAUUUUGUUACUACUUUUGAAACAGGAUAUUUAUUUUGCAUGAUUUUUUCUUUU